UUGACAGUCCUGAUUGGUCGUGCAUUCGGUUGUGGCCAAUGCUAAUUUUUGUUUAUGUUUGUUAAAAAAUCAUAGAGUUUAACAAUAAUUUUAAUGUUUUUUAAUAUAUAAUAUUAAAGUAAAAUAAUAUCGAAGCUAAAAUUCGAUACUGGUGAUUGGAAAUUAAUAAUUACACCAAAUGGAUGUUACAGCAUGAAAUUAAAAAGUAAAUUAGAGGUUGAAGAAAUCUCUGUAAAAAAAAAUAAGGGUGUAAAUCAAGAUUCAUCACGUUCAUUUAAUAAUAAAAGUAAAAAGAUUUACCCUCAGCAUUACGAUCAUUCAUAUGUCAAAAAUAUAAUAAUUGAUUGUGUUAAUGAUGAUUGCUUGGCUGAAAUAUUCACGUAUGUGCCAACAUGUGAGAGACCGAAACUUGCAGUGGUAUGCAAAAAAUGGAAAAGAGCCCUUGAUGAUUCUUGGUUUAAUGCCAAAAAACUUGAAUUAAUUUAUUGGCGAUGGGAUGAGUAUCCAAAUUGUUUGGAAAAAUAUCCAACAAUUGAUGAAAAAUUAAGUUUUUUAAAAUCACUGUUAAAUAAUUGUGGUCGUUAUUUAACAAAAUUAGACUUGACAGCAUAUGAUCAUUGUAAUAUAGUUCCAGUUGUUAAUGAUUAUUGUCCAAACCUCGUGAGACUUCGAUUGAGAUUCACCUCCAUUGACGAUGUAUUAUUAUUCAAUGCAUUUACACGUCUAUCUAAACUAAAAUCAUUAACAAUUAUAUUCCAAAAUAUGAAAAGUAAAUUAAUACCUUUGACUUUAUUGAAUUCAUUGAGAAACGUUGCUGAUACAUUGACUGAACUGAAUAUGUUACAUUUCAUCGAUCACUACGAUGACCGCUGUGAUUAUCCAAAAGAAUUUGACUGUGUGAUUCGUGAACUAAAAUCCCUGAAACGUUUUGAAGAUGCUGGUAUACACACGUUCCUGGAUAUAUCCACAUAUAUCAGUGAUAAUAAAAUAUCUCAUUAUACCCAUAAUUUCUAUACUCCUUAUUCAACUUCUCUAUCAACAAUCACGGAAUUAAAAUUACGUAUAUGGCCAAUUCAAGAUAAUAGUUUGUAUAAUAUUGCUAAUACCAUUAAGAACUUAAAAUUAUUAUGGGUACGUAGUGACCGGAUAACCGAUGAUGGUGUAGUAGCAAUUUCAAAGAUGAAUAAUUUACAAUAUCUUGGUUUUCUUGGUUCUAAUCACGUCACUGAUUAUUCAAUCAAAUUGCUUAAAAACAUGAAGAGACUAAUAUUACCUCGUAGCAAUAAAAUUACUGAUUAUUCAGUCACAAAAGUUCUCGAAAAUUCACCAAAUAUGGAGAAGCUCUGUGUUAUGGGAACAAGUGUGACUGCUAAAUUUUUCAAAAAAGCAGCAGAAAUAUCAAAUAAUCGAAAAACACAUUUGUAUUUUUACAUUUCAUUUAUACCUGAUAUAAAGCAAUCUGAAUCGCCAUAUAUUAAAAUUUUUGUAGCAAAAUUCAAGGCCAAAUGUUCAACACCUAAAAAUUUUAUAAAAAAAUAGAUAAAAGCCAUAUUACAGAGACUGAUAUACCACUUGCCUUAUUACACGAUUUUCAAAAAAAAUCAUGCCAAUUCGUAUUAAAGCUAUCAUGAUUUAUUAAUAAAAAAAAUAGUGAGAAUAAUUUAAAAUUAAAUGCUUCAAUUCUU